AUGAAAUUAAAAAUAAUUUUUUUAUUAAUUAUUAAUUUAUUUUUAUUAUUUUAUUUAGUAAAUUCAAUUGAACCUUGCAGUAAAUUGAAAUGUGAUGAUUCCGAUCCAUGUACAAUAGAAUCUUGUGUUGAAGGAAAAGGAUGUCGAUACUCAUCAGUAGAAUGUGACACUACCAACGAUAAUGGUUGCCUAAAAAAUAUGUGUUUCAAUGGGUCAUGUACACUUACAAAUUUAUGUCCAGAGGGAACCAGUUGCAUAGAUGACACAUGCUCACCCAGUUUUGCGCCAACAAAUCUUGGACGAACAACUCUCCCAAGAAAUGAUUUUGAUUGUGAAGAUAUUACCGUUGAACAAAAUUGUAAUUCAUACUACCCCAAUUGUAAAUGGUUGGUAUUUCCUGGUUGUUGUGGUCAACAAGUUAAUGUAUGUAUAAAUGAUCCUUUGAAUCAUUGUUAUAGAAAUAAUUUAUCAUGUGUCAUUCAAAAAUCAACUAAUCAAAUCAUCGAGCUUUGGUCUAUAUGUAUACCUCAAAAAGAUUUUGAAGUUUAUAACAUACCUCCUCAAAAAUGUUCAGAAAUUGACUGUCAAGGAUCACCAUGUGAGUAUGUCCAAACCACACAAUGUUUAGGAUCUCAUUGUUGCUCAAAAACUCCACAAUGUGUGGGGACCACUACAAUAACAAAUACAACAGGAAUGGCUACUUCAUCCACAACUUCAGGAGCAACAACAACAUCACCUACAACCUCUACAACUACUGGAGCAACAACAACAACAGCAGCAACAACAACAACAGCAACAACAACAACAGCAACAACAACAACAACAACAACAACAACAACAACAACAACCACUAUAUCACCCACAACAUCAACAACUACAGGAACAACAACAACCACUACAUCACCUACAACUUCAACAACUAAUGUAUCAACAACAGGAAAGACCACUACUUUAACAACUACAGGAGCAACAACAACCACCACAUCACCUACAACUACAGGAGCAACAACAACCACCACAUCACCUACAACUACAGGGGCAACAACCAUCACAUCACCUACAACUUCCACAACUACAGGAACAACAACUACCACAUCACCCACAACCUCUACAACAACUGUAGGACCAACUAUAGGAAAAACAACAACAACAACAAUAACAACAACUGCAUCACCUACAACUUCAACAACAGGAGCUACAACCACCACCACCACAUCACCCACAACAUUAACAACUACUACCACUACAUCACCCACAACUACCACUACAUCACCUACAACUACCACUACAUCACCUACAACUACCACUACAGCACCUUCAACUUCAACAACUGGAAAGGCCACUACUUCAACAGCUUUAACAACAAUAGGAAAGAUCCCUUCCUUUACAACUUUAACGACAAUAGGAAAGACUACUACCUCUACAACUGGAUCAACAAUAGGAAAGACUACUACCCCUACAACUGGAUCAACAGUAGGAAAGACCCCUACUUCAACAACUUUAACAACAAUAGGAAAGACUACUACCUCUACAACUGGAUCAACAAUAGGAAAGACUACUACUCCAGCUUCAAGUACAGGAAAAACAACUGGAUCGACAUUAACUUCAAGUACAGGACUAGCAUCUACUACAACCUCAAAAACUUCAACAACAGGCAAAGAAACAACAAUAACAGCUUCUUCAACUCCGACAACAGGAUCAGCAACAACAGGAUCAGCAACAACAGGAUCAGCAACAACAGGAUCAGCAACAACAGGAUCAGCAACAACUCCAACAACAGGAUUAGCAACAACAGGAUCAACAACAGGAUCAACAACAGGAUCAGCAACAACAACUCCAACAACAGGAUCAACAACAGGAUCAGCAACAACAACUCCAACAACAGGAUCAGCCACCUCAACAUCAUUUUAUACUAGCGACCCAACUUCUAGCAUUGAUACCGGUUAUCAAUCAUCUGGGUAUAUUGUUGAUGGGUCACACAUUAUUAUUACAGUUCCAAUCGAAGAAAUAAAUAUACCUCAUAAAUCCAUUUGCCAAAAUUAUACCUGUCCACACGACUCAGUUUGCGUGGAACACUACCACUUAUCUGAUAAAAUUCGACCAAAAUGUAUUAAAUUUCAAUCAGAUUGUUUAUCUUGUGAUUCUUUGGAUUGUGAAAAAUCAGAAGGUUCAAAGUGUAAAUAUAUACUGGCUCCAUUUUGUUAUAAUGAGGCGGAUCCAAAUGAUUGCGGGAAAUGUUGUUACAUACCCACUUGCAUUUAA